UCAAUCACUUUUUGUAGUCCUCCUUUUUUUGAUGGGAUUUAACAUCUUGUAGCAGCCACUUUCUAGUUCAUAUGUUUGGGAAUUUGACUGUAAGAGUAUGAAAUCUUCUGGGAACCUCAGUAUCUCGAUGUCAGCUCUUGUCUCUCUGCUUCCCUGUUUCCUAAGAAAUCAAAAGUGCAUGGAACUUCCAAACACCACGAGCUUUGGGUAGCACAACAUACAUGGAACAGACCGUCAGUGGUUGGAUGAAGCCUCGACGGGGGUCCCACGUUCCCGCACCAGUCCUGUUCUCGCUUUCACCCCUCCGGUGUUAAAGAGCAGUGAUCCCCCGCUCUUACGGCACAUUUCCUCCUCCUCUUCUCUCGCUCUCUCUCUCUCGCUCUUAUUCUCUCUGUUAUUGUGCUGCCAUUGUUUAAUGGAUUCAUCGACUCAUCUCUAGCCAAGAAGAUGGAGAGACGUAUGAGAAGGAAGAGACUGCUGUGGCAAAGAGAGCAGAGAACAAGCAAAUCAUUUCUCGGAACCCUCUACCCAUAGUAAGGUAAAAAAAAGGGAACUCGUUUGAAGCUAAGAACAAUAGUUAGCCACAAUGGGCGUCGAGCAUAUACUGGUUAGACGCGGCCGAGGGCUGUCGCCGAUGCUGCUACUGGCGGUCGCUGCAGCGGUGGUGUGGCGCUUCACUCCGGUCGAUGCCUCCGUUUCUUACGACCGCAAGGCCGUGAUCAUCAAUGGGCAGCGGAGGAUCCUCUUCUCUGGUUCCAUUCACUACCCCAGGAGCACUCCGGAGAUGUGGCCAGAUCUUAUCCAGAAGGCUAAAGAUGGCGGCUUGGAUGUAAUCCAGACCUAUGUAUUCUGGAACGGACACGAGCCUUCCCCUGGCCAGUAUUAUUUUGGAGGAAAUUAUGACCUGGUUCGCUUCGUCAAGCUGGUGAAGCAGGCCGGCCUCUACGUUCAUCUCCGAAUUGGUCCUUAUGUUUGUGCCGAAUGGAACUUUGGGGGGUUUCCUGUCUGGUUAAAAUAUGUUCCUGGUAUCAGUUUCAGGACUGAUAAUGGUCCUUUCAAGGCAGCAAUGGCAAAAUUCACGGAGAAGAUUGUCUCCAUGAUGAAGUCUCAAGGACUAUUUGAAUCUCAGGGUGGCCCCAUCAUCCUCUCUCAGAUUGAAAAUGAAUAUGGUCCACUGGAGGAGUAUUAUGGUGGUGCCGCAGCCAAGAAUUAUGCAAGUUGGGCUGCUCAAAUGGCAGUUGGCCUCAAGACUGGUGUGCCAUGGGUCAUGUGCAAACAAGAUGAUGCACCCGAUCCAAUUAUAAACACCUGUAAUGGAUUCUACUGUGAUUAUUUCUCACCAAACAAGCCCUAUAAACCUACCAUGUGGACAGAAGCUUGGACUGGCUGGUUCACUGCAUUUGGGAGUCCGGUUCCUCACCGGCCUGUUGAGGACUUGGCUUUUGCUGUUGCACGGUUUAUACAGAAAGGUGGCUCCUUUGUUAACUAUUAUAUGUAUCAUGGAGGAACAAACUUUGGUAGGACAGCUGGUGGCCCCUUCAUUUCAACAAGCUAUGACUAUGAUGCCCCAGUUGAUGAAUAUGGUCUCUUGAGGCAGCCAAAAUGGGGCCAUCUGAGAGACCUGCAUAAGGCGAUCAAAAUGUGUGAACCCGCUCUUGUGUCAGCAGAUCCCACUGUGACAAAACUUGGAAAUUAUGAGCAGGCACAUGUCUUCAGAUCAAAGUCGGGCUCUUGUGCUGCAUUCCUUUCUAAUUACAACCCAAGAUCAUAUGCAACAGUUACUUUCAACAGAAUGAAAUAUGAUAUUCCACCUUGGUCCAUCAGUAUCCUUCCUGACUGCAAAACCACAGUAUUCAACACUGCAAGGGUUGAAGCUCCAACAUUGCAGAUGAAAAUGACAUUGCUUGGUAGGUUUUCUUGGAAGUCCUUCAGCGAAGAGACCAACACACUGGAUGAUAACUCAUUCACAAAAGAUGGGCUAGUGGAGCAGAUAAGCAUGACAAGGGACCAGACAGACUACUUGUGGUACACUACAUCUGUUGAUAUAGGGCCAAAUGAACCAUUUCUAAAGAAUGGUCCACACCCUGUUCUGACUGUAAUGUCGGCUGGUCAUUCUAUGCAUGUUUUCAUCAACGGAAAGCGAGCUGGGACUGUUUAUGGUGGUUUAAACAAUCCAAAACUGACUUAUAAAGGAAAGGCAAAGUUGUGGGCAGGAAGCAACCAAAUCUCCAUUUUAAGUGUAGCUGUUGGUCUACCUAAUGUUGGUAGUCAUUUUGAGACAUGGAAUGCUGGAGUUCUUGGUCCAGUGACCUUGCAUGGCCUUAAUGAAGGAAGAAGAGACCUUACCUCACAGAAAUGGACUUACCAGGUUGGCUUGAAAGGUGAAUCUUUGAAUCUUCAUAUGCUUAGUGGUGUUUCUUCAGUUGAGUGGGGCGGUGCAUCUUCGAAACAGGCCUUGACUUGGUACAAGGCUUUCUUUAAUGCUCCAAGCGGCGAUGAGCCAUUGGCUUUAGAUAUGAGUAGCAUGGGCAAAGGUCAGAUAUGGAUUAAUGGACAAAGCAUUGGCCGGUACUGGCCUGCCUACAAAGCAUAUGGUACUUGUGCCAGUUGUGAUUACCGUGGAACAUACAAUGAGAAAAAAUGCCAAACAAAUUGUGGGGAGUCUUCUCAAAAAUGGUACCAUGUUCCUCGUUCCUGGCUAAACCCAACUGGAAACCUUCUGGUUGUGUUUGAAGAGUGGGGUGGUGAUCCAUCAGGCAUAUCUUUGGUAAAAAGAACAGCACUAUGAACAAGCUUGCUGCUGAAAGCCAUCUGCGAACAUUGGCCAUUGAUGGUGAUCAAGUUUAAAAAAAAAAAAGAAAAAAAAGCAAAGCUAAUCUUCCUCUUCAACGCCCGUCUACACGAUGACGGCAGAAGUUACUUCUGGUGAUCGGUAUUGCCUGGUUAAGUGCGAGUAAUCGUACACAGGCCAACAUUUCCAACAUGGCUUUGUCGACACUAAAGAAAUUAUUGGAUGAAUUUUGCAUCAUACAGCAUGUAGGAGUCUGAAUGUAAUUUGAAUUCAUGUGUGCAAAUCUAGGAAAUUGAUAGUGGAAAACCUUUGUCUUUUAUCCUGAAAUGGGUUGGGAAUAAUGUCCACAAAGUGGAAUGGCUGGUCUUGUUAUUGCAGGAACUGAGCAUGUAAGCAUUUUGAUUCAUAAAGGAACUGCCUUCCUUCACCUUUGAAA